GCAUAAAUGUUGCAUUGAUGGAAGAGCGGCCCACUGCAACGCCAUCUCGAUGGAUAUGUCUGAACUUGACGCACUGCAGAGCAGCCUAAACCACGCUCUGGAUGCGUUCCGAGAGGAACUGACGAAGGCAAAACUGCCACAGUUAUCAACGUUCAGUAUUGAACCCCAUCCGUUGGAUGCUCCGGAGUUCCUGCCCUCUCCACGCUUAUAUGAAGCUCGAAGACUCGCACUAGCAUGCGUUGGCCAACUCAAAACACUUUUGCAGUCUCCGUAUGAGAAAGUAGUUGAGCAGACUCUGGCUCCUUAUGACGCAGCGUGUUUGGACAUAGUUCUUAGAACUGGGGUCAUCGACAAGCUCUCGGAAGAUGCCUACAGAAGCACCGGAUUGCAUGUGCAACAGCUCCACCAAUUCUUGGACCUUGAUCCGUUCAAGCUGACGGCAAUUCUCCGGUAUCUUGCUGCGGAAGGAUGGUUACACGAAAAGAGUGAAGGAAUAUAUGCACUCAAUCGUCCUACAUUGGAAUUGUGCCUAGGGAGAAAUGGACGAAAAUGGGCGCUUACACAGGGAAAGGGUAAAAUUGCAGAUUCUCUGCUCGAUGCUAUCACCCAUCCUGGUUGGAAAUACUCGACUUCGCCACUGGAGACAGCUUUCCAGCUCUCCCAUCACACUCCAUUGUCUCUUUUCGACUACCUCAAAGCCAACCCUGCCGAACUUCAACAAUGGGCAAACUCAGUGCGGACUUACGGAGAUGCUGCAGAAUCGGCUCUGAUGGCGGAUUUUCCUUGGAAAAGUCUGAAUAGCCAAACUAUCGUUGAUUGUGGAGGGGGUCAAGGAUAUCUUACCAUCUCCUUGGCACGAAUUCUCGAAGAUGUCACGUUUGUGAUUCAAGAUCUACCAGAAGUCAUUCCUAUAACAAAAGCGAACGUUAGCCGGGAAAGUCCAGCAGCAGCUCAAGAUGGGCGGAUCAUCGUUGAAGCGCACGACUUCAGGACACCGCAAGUGCGACGAUCUGGAAAUACGACCUAUGUGUUUCGAUUGGUUCUUCAUGACUGGACAGAUCAAGACUGCACUGCGAUACUCAAGAACAUUCCGGCAAUAUAUGGAGCAACCAAAGUCAUCAUCAUCGAGUAUGUUGCUCAACCUUGCGCCAUAUCGUCGAUGGCACAGGAUCAAUGCGACGAGAGCCUCAGGAUGCUCACUGAUACCGAGAAGUACGCUGCAACUUUACCGCCACCAUACGUGCCCUUGAAUUUCGGUGUUUGCGCGAAAAUGAACCUUGGCCUUGGUGUCCAUCUCCUCGGAGUGUACAACGCCCGUGAACGAUCUUUGCUUGAGUGGGACAAUAUAAUUCGAAACGCGGGAAUGCAAAUAGCUGCAGUGUAUCCGCUUCGAACUAAAUUGUCCGUUAUUGAAUGCGAUGUUGUGGCUUCAGAUUGAGCGACGAGGUGGCGCUAAUGGAGUAGCGCCAUUAACGCUCUGAAUAGGGUGUGGAGUUAUCCGUGGUCAAUUUAGAUGCGAAGACGUUCAAGGACAUUAGCGACAGUUUGUAUGACCUAGAGUGAGAUCGAGGAAUCUGUGUGCAUUAUGUACCAAAUACUUAUGGUAUGGUCUUCUCUGUAAAUCCACUAGGCGACUUACUCCACUGCGACACCGUACCUUACCAAAAAAUUUUGCAGUCUAGGCUCAAAAUGACACCUGGCUUUCCACAACGACAGACAAGACUCAGG